AUGCAGCCCUUUCGCAUAGCUAAACCUCGUCGUUCCACAAAACCAGUGAAAACUCAAAGCGAGCGUCGUAUCGAACUUACCGAUUCCAUUUCUACCGAUCCUGAGAAUAUCGCGAUGGUAGCUUACACCGAGUGCGUCAACUACGGGGUUAUCUAUUACUACGACCGCGAACAGUCGUCCUCUUACGCCGAAUGUCUCCGGAGACAGCGAAAAUGUGACGGUACUUUCUCGAUGGAAGAAUUCCGAAAAGUGGGGGAACAAAAGAAACAAUUGGUUGCAAAAUCACGGGCGAAGCGAAAGGAAAUCGCUCGCCUUCGCCGGUUAAUUGCAGAAGCCGAGGAAGAGGACGUGUCCUUCCAGGGCGAGCUUAAGCGAUUAGAGGAGGUUUCAAGUCGUAUGUUGCGUCGUAAGAUGUAG